AUGGCCGCUCGUACCGUUCCAGGCGCAGCUGAAAAGCCAGUCCGUCGCGUAGUGCCUGGCGCUCCCCCACCCGCUUCCGCUCCGUCAAAGUCCGGCAAGAAGGUCAAAGGUGGCGCAAACAAGGAUGGCGCUGCAGUCAAAGUGACGAGCCCCGCAUCGGCUGCCCUGCUCGAAGAAGCACCGGAGAACCCCAACCAAGUUGCCAACGGACUCAAAGUCACCGCUCAGGAUCUCGCCGAAGAAGCCGAGACACAGGCUGCUGUCGCUGCCGUCGAAGCCAUUGAGACGUCCAAGCCAUCCACAGUGGCCUCGACACCUGCGCAAAAGGUCAUUAGUGAGCGAAUCACCGAACUGAUGUCCAAGAACAAAAACGCAACCAUCACCGUUGCAGUCGACGAACUCAAAACACUGCUCAAGAAAGUGUCUCAAGCUGAAUCCCUUUCCACCUCUUCAUCGGCACCAGUCGCAUCGACAGACUCGGACAGCAAAGCCCACCUCAUCUUGUUGCUCCAGUUCCUUCACCUCUUCAACCUCUUCCACCCCAACCCAGCCGGUCCUUCUACAUUCGCACCCACACGCAGCAUGCCUCCCGCGCUCGAGAUGUCGACAGGUCAACAGGUCGCCGCGCUUGCCAGAGUCUACGAUCAGCUCGCAAACGGACCCUUGGAGGGCGGAGGGGGGGAUGCGCUCGAACUUCUUGCCAGCAUCCAACAGGGAUCCAAGGACGAGGUGCUUCCGGACGUCAGCUUUGCUACGCUUCGAUCAAUGAUCUUCAAGCUGACAGCCCCUCCCGCAGCAGCAGCUAGCGAGCCGAAACCCAAGGCUUCCGGCCUUGACGCACCACCCGCCGACUUUGUUCCUCUCGAUGCAGUUUCGCCAAGCGCAGCUCCUGUUUCUUUCAUUCAGGCUAGCGAGAUCCUCGACCGAUCCGCAGAGCCCGAAGGCGGUCAGCCUUCCACUGUUCCCGCAACAGGCGCCACCGAGAGCAGCAAGGGCAAGCAGGGAGGCAGCGGAAUUGUGCUGGGCGAACAGAGCGCAACUUCGAGCAAAGCAGAUGGCACCGCCGCUUCAGCCGUCCAGGAGCCGAUCAACACGACCGUCAAGAGCGCCGCGGAGCCCAAGCUCAACUGGGCGGCUCUGGCCGAAGAGGACGACGAUGACCUCGGCGAGGCACCCGUCUUCGAGCCCCUUGGUUCCAGCACCACCUCGGCGCUCGUCACACCUGCACCGGGCACGCCUACUGCAGCGGAGCCCGAAGCUGCUGCCUCCACCGCCGCCAAGCCUCCGCCAUCGGCUGAAGCAGCUGAAUCACCGCUGUCACCUAAACCAAAAAAGAGCAAGCAGAACGGUGGUUCCAAGGGCAACGCAGGCGCUCGCAACGGCAACGGCAAGGCUUCGGGAGCUGCCCCGCCACCGACGCCAAAGGGACCCAAAGUAGACGAAGACGGCUUCAUCCUUCAGGAGAGCAAAAAGACAAAGUAUCUGCAACAGAAGCAGCAGCAGCAACAACAGCAGAACAGAGGGAACGGCGGUGGACGUGGCGGUAAAGGCGGAGCAAACGGAGGUCGUGGUGGAAGACAAAACGCAGGAGGUGGCAGAGCACCCAAGUCGGGAGAGGCAAGACCAAGCAAUACCUCUGGAACUCAAUAG